GGCUUUUUUGCAGUGCAGAUCUUUAACUUUGCAGCAAGGGUUAGGGUGAUCCAUUAAAAUACUUACAAGUUUUUAAUAUCCUUCUCACUAACAGAAAAUAUAACAUCCUUCAAAGACUCAUGUAGAGAAAAUAAGGCAGAUUUUACAGCAGUAAAUGCCAUCAGGUGUUUGCAUGACAUGUAAAUGCUCUGCUUGUUAUCACCAGCUUCCUGUUUGACUGGAUGAGCUCCUGAUGGAACCCCCUUCGUAUGAGGAGGCCCGUCUCCACCCUCCGGCUCUGAGCACCGUCGCAUCCAACGUCCCCCCUCCGCCCUCCUACGACGCCUCCCUCUAUCGCCCCCCAACACCUCCGCCCACUUAUGGUGAAGCAGUUACAGUCCAGCCGGGUCCUUUUCCUGUCCUGUUGGUGCCGACGUUACCUCAACAAACCAACGGGACCAUAAUCCAUCCAGUUACACAAGUCGGUGUCAGACAGCCUCAGCCUGCAGCCGUCGUCUCUCAGCCUCAGCCUGUUCCCGUCUCAGUGACACACCUGGGGGACGUCCCCGGUCUCGUCCGCUGCCCACACUGCAACCGCAGCGUCACCACUGAUGUGGUGUACGUGCCUGGCCGGGCUGCCUGGUGCACAUGCUUUCUCCUCUCAAUGAUGGGGUUGAUCUGCGGUUGCUGUCUGAUUCCCUUUAUGAUCCAAAGCCUGAAAGAUGCUCAUCAUUCCUGCCCGCGGUGUGGAAACCACGUGCACACACACAGGAGAUGA